AUAAAGUGGGGAUGUAAUGAGAAUAUAAAGUGUUUCGUUUUCAUGAGAAUUUCAGCAGUUUGUCUUUGUCUUCAUUCAACUACAGGUUUACUCUCUUCUCUGAAAAUGAGGCUAUCAUUCGUUCUCCUUCUUUUCUCUGCUGCAGUCAGUAGGAGUGAGGCCAUUCGAAGCCUGGUCUUCUCCAAUGAAACCAAUACCAACUACAUGGAGAUAAUCGCUGAGAAGCCGCUCCAGCUGACAGCGUUCACGCUGUGCAUGCGUGUGGCCACUGAGCUCAGCGGCGAGAGAGAAAUCAUCCUGUUUGCGUAUCGGACCAACAACUUUGAUGAGCUGAAUGUGUGGCGGGAGCUGGAUGGAAGAUUGUCCUUCUACCUGAGUGGGGAUGGAGUUCUGUUCCAAGUCCCUUACCUCGGCUUCCUGCAGACUCACCUGUGCUUCACCUGGGACUCCAGCUCAGGCGCUGCGGCUGUCUUCAUGAAUGGCAGAAAGAGUCAGACCAAAAUCUACCGGAAGGGUCACACCAUCCGUCCCGGAGGCAGAAUCAUCCUCGGCCAGGAUCCUGACAAUUUUCUGGGUAACUUUGAUGCAAAGCAGAGUUUUGUGGGGGAGAUUUUUGAUGUGAACAUGUGGGACUCGGUCCUGUCAGACUCUGCCAUCCAAGGUCUGUUUAAUUGGAGAAAGCAGGACAGAGCAAAUGUGUUUGACUGGCAGUUUGCGGAACUUAGACCGUUUGGAGCGGUGGAGGUCAUCAAUGUUGAUCCGAUCUGAUUUUUAUUAUUUCUUGAUGCAGAAAAUGUUCACAGUUUUCCUUCUUUGGGCAAAUAAAAUGUAUCCUGCAA